UUGUCCAAGUGGGAGUAAAUCCACAUAAACUCGGAUGCAACGGCAGAGAACAGGAGUCGGUUUGCUUCAGGAAGGCAGAGUCGUUGAAGGGUAUUUCAGUAAUUAAGUGGCACGUCAAAACAUGCGCAAUAAAAUGAGUAGUCACGUACGAUUAAGCUGCGGCAUUUCCUGUAGUGCCCAUCACUUCGGCUUUGUGGCCUUUCCCGUUGCUGGCGGUGGAGGAGGACGCCGGAGGCGUGGUCGGGAAGCACGGCUGCUACCAAGGAAAUGGCGUUCGAGGUGUGGACGCCGUCGGACUACGCCUGGGUGGCAGAGAGAGCGCAUGAGGAGCUGCGCAUUCUGGAGUCCCACCACCCACAUCACUUCGGCUCCCUCAAGCACGAGCUCGCUUCUCUCCUCUCCGAGGCUCAAUCUUUCCUCCUCCUGUGGCCGCCGUCCUCCUGCAGUCGCCCUGCGGACGUCGACUCCAUUUCAUGUGCCUCUGCUUGUACAGCAGAAUCGUCCUCCUACAGAAUCGCGAGAAAGAGCAAGUCUAUUGAUGUUGGUAGGGAAAUGGGCGCUGAGUUGAGCGCCAUCGAGGGACGGGCUUGUGAAUGCAGCAGCAGUGGUGGUGGCGACGAUGGCGGCGAUGGGUGGAUGGAUGGUGCUGAUGCGGCCAUAGACAAGGCCAGAGAAUGUCUCCGCAGAAUCAGGGAAGUGAAGGAAGUGAUCAGACCAACAGCUACGCAUGCAGCUGCAGCCUGAAGAUCACGCGGCGCUUGGCCAUCGUUGCUGCCUUAAUCUAAUCUCUUCAUGUUUUGGCUAAUCCAAACCUGAUACAUUCAGUAUAUUUUGUUGAAGAGUGUGAAACUAUGAUAAGAGUCAUACACUUGUGAAGGCCAAGCGGGUCAUAUUCCACAUGAGGAUGAAAAUUUUGUAACUUGGUACCAAUACGAUGACACGGUUUGCAUUUGAGAAUCUGAUGCUGAAGUAAAAUUCUUUGUCAGGAUGUAAUUGUCCAAGUUUGUGGUGGAAAAAGAAAAAUGGUGGAAAAAGAAACGUAUGCGUAUGGUCGCAAACCUGUUGUCUUCCUAGUUUGGUAAGAAAAAACCGAAAAAGGAAAUGCAUUCAUAUGGCUGCAAACAUUUCAUCUUCUUAAUUUUGAACUGAUUCAAAAGUCGGUCAAUGUGUUGAAUCACUUCAAGUUUGUGGAGGGAAAAGAAAAUCAUUUCAUAUAG